GUACAAAGUGAUCGACGGCUUUCUCAGCAGACAGUUUCCAGCGAUGCAGAUUCUGUGUCAGGACAAGACCGUGGACAGCUUCAUUCCCGAUACCAGGACAGGAUCACGGACGAGGAUGUCAUGCUACCCAGAUCUGAACAAGACGUGCUGCCAUCCUACCAACGGGGAGCACGAGUACACAGUUCCAGCCGGGAGGUUCAAGGAGUGCCUCUAUUGUGGGACGGUCUGGAAGGGCGAGAAGUACCAGAUCAGGCGCAAAGAUCGAUCGCAUCAAUCCAUCGGCAAGCAGUUCAUGCGCGCCGCCUUCCUCGUCGGCUCAGCGCUUACCUCCAUCAGCACGGCCUGGGCGCCCACAUGCGACGCGAAGAUCAUCGAGUCUACGAAGGAGGAGGUCACCAAGCGCGGAGGCGAUGGACGAGGAGCAGGACUCGAGCUGGGAGCGACCACCUCAGGCGGAAGCCAAUUAACGACAGGUCAGGCGAAGAGGUACUACGGCAUGGCCAAGUCCGCCUACAACAACUUGCAGCUCGAGAAGCGCGUCUAUGAGAGACGAAUGCAGAAGAGCCGUUUUCCACGACGCCAGCGACGCGGCUUCGACAUCUACGAGAUCUUCGCGGGCGAGUGCGGCAUCACCCUGCAUGCCACCGACCGCGCCAACGGCUGGGGCAUGCGAGCUCUACAACCGGUGGACAAGCUGUUCGGUCAGGACUUAAAGAAGCAGAAGGCCAGGAAGGAAGUGUUCGAUACGAUCGACAGGUGGCGGCCGCGCUUGGUCAUCAUCCAGCUUCCGUGUACACUCUGGUCGCUGCUCAACCGCAACGUCAACUACAAGGAGAUGCCCGAGGUGCUGGAGGACCUACGCGAUGAGGGGCGGUGCUUCAUCACCUUCACGAGGGACAUCUUCGACAAGCAGAAGGACUACGGCAACCACGCCCUGCUUGAGAAUCCCGCUACUGCCGACUCGUGGCGCGAGGAGGCAAUCGUCAAGCUCAGGCAGGACAACUACGAGUGCACCUCUAAUAUGUGCAUGUUCGGCAUGGUCGGCAACCAGGGACUCCCCAUGAAGAAGUUGGUUCGUUGGUUGGGUACGCAUCCACUUCUCAUUCAAGAGCUCGACCGACACUGCGACCACAGCCAUCCACAUGAAGAAGUGCAAGGAGGUGGACCUAAUGGCAACACCAAGCUCUCGCAGGUCUACACCUGGCAGCUAGCCGGCGCCAUCUGCCGAGGUCUCACCAGGGUCAUCGCGAUCGAGGAGUUCGGACACGGUAUCUACCUGUGCAUUUAUCACCCCGUCUCCUACGACGCUCCAGCCCCUACUGUGCACCGCGUCUGCUGUUCGGCUCCCGACGUGGACGAAACAAAGUGGAAGAACAUCAUGCAAUCGGUCGUCGAUGUCAUGAGUCGAAGGAACGCCCCCUCAGCUCAGGUGGCGCAGGACCCAGAGAUGUGGAGGCAGGUGUCCGAGUUGGUUCCCUGGCAGAUCUUGUACAUGCAGGCCGCCUUCCAGCCGAAGGCGAAGCCUACGCACCACGAGAACGAUUUCAAGACCCAGUACGAUACGGGUUGUUCAUUAUCGGACGUGCUCCAGUUGGCGAAGUACCAGCACCACCUCGACCACCAGUCGAAGGCGAAUCACGACAGCCAGUACCAGUACCCGACGAACCACAGCCAGACGAACUUCAGCCUCAGCCUGUUCAACAACGUGCUGGCGACGAUGCGCCAGAACUUGAGCCACCCGCUGCAGGCUGAUUUCACGAGGUUCCUGAACGCGAGCGAAGCGAGCCAGUCUGCUCUUACGACACAUCAGUUCUUGGGAAUUUUGGAGAUGUCAGGUUUACUGAUGGUGGUGGUUCAUUGUCCGACUCGUGAUCCUACUCAGGUGCUGGAGAUUUUCAAUUUGGUUUGGUUAUCUUGGGCUCGGCAUCCAGAUCAUGUGGUGUGCGAUCGUGACGGAGCUUUUCAGGCCGCUUUCGUUGAACAUCUUGAGGCUCACGACGUUCACGUCGAGAAGCCCCCAGCUGAAGCUCACUGGCAGUCAGGGCGAGUCGGGGCUAACAUCACACUCUGGAAGCACAUGGCCAAUAAGGUGAUUGAUACGAUGCAGCUUGCCGGAGUUGAGGACAUGAAGCUGACGGCACCUGCGAUCAACCA